GCCAGCUGCUCUCUCGCCCACUUCGCUCAGCCGCCUCUCGUCUGCUUCGUCAUCUCCAGCCUAUCUGCCAAAUGCUCCGAUGCUCAUCUUUCGGCCCUCUCGCAAACUCUUCCGCUCUACCACUCGACUGUGUCAACCCCUGGUCGAACUCGCGGCUCUGGCGACGCCCCCGCCCGAUCCAGGACCGAAACGAUGCACCUACAAGUCCUGCGUCGAGCGAGAGAGCCGCGCGAACUGCAGGAAUAGGGGGUCAGAAGGACAGGAGGAGAGCACGAAGAGGAAGAAAGGGGAAGGGUGUAGUGUGAGUUGGAUAGAACGAGCGCGAAGGCUCAAGCUCGAAGGUACGCCCUUACAGCCAGACACACCCCAUUCACGGCUGCCCUGAUGAAGUCCCGCACCCGCAGGCGUUUGGUGAAUGAGAAGUCCGUCGCGCGCCUUGCUGGCCACGAAGACAGCUCCUCCAUCGCUCGGGACGACUUCCACGUAGUAUCCGCCAGGUAUGCGCUGCACGGCCACGUGUCGGACGUGCCUCGCUGCACGUCUGGCGCUCUCAGUUCAUUCACGACCAACGUUUGUGUAAUUUUGACCUGUCCCGCGACGCGCGUACUUGCAGAAGCACCCGACGUGUCGAUUGAUUCCACACGCACGACGGACAAUGGCCCGGCAAGGACGAGCGUGAAGAGCGUGUCUAGGACGAACACACUCACAACGAAGACAUGCAGCAAGGACAGGCCUGCAGCCCACCAACCACAAGCACAACAGGUACGACGCAGGCGAGCACGAUGCAGGUGCGCACGAUGCAGACGAGCACGACACAGACGAGCACGACACAGACGAGCGCGAUACACUGGCAGGCAGGUAUGCGAGCGCGUCUGGGCGAGUGCGACGGGAGCGAACACAACGGGGAUGAACAUUAACAGGGCGAACAUGGCCAGGGCCGGCCAACACGUUCAGGACGCAUACGACGCUUGCGACGCCGUCUAAGUGCACGUAAACAGGGCACUUGCCUGCAGGUACCGAAUCAAACUUGUAAGCUGAUGGAUCGGGAGCGUACGGGCCCGUGUUCAAGGAGACCGAGGAUUCAUUCCCCUGAUACAGUGUGCAUAGAAACCUCUAAUAGUAUAUUGUCUACUAUGUAUAGCCUAUGGCUCGGAGUUCCACGUCUGCCUGUAAUGUUAUCACAUCAAUUCCUGGAA